AUGGCCGAGUCCCACGUGCACUGCGUCAUCUUUGGUCGAGCGCACGACACUGCGUUGAUCGAAGCACUGCGCUUCGUACGUGGCUUCAGUGCUCUCUACGGCGCUGGCCUUUCGCUGCACACUCAGGUCGUUGCCACUGCUGGCGAACUCGACCAACUGCUGUCGCACGCGCUCAAGUCGACUGGCGCGCGCGUGGAUGCCAGUCGCGAACGGGGUGCACUGUUUGCGCGCAUUUCAUUGGCCAAAAACGAGCUCCUGAUCUCGGGCAAGUCGGCGCUCGUGCAGUGGCUGCAACAGGAGCUGCUCGAGCGUCGAUUUUCAUCCAAUCGCUGCUGCGCGUCCGACCACCGCGCGGCCGCCCUACCCCUGCGGCUCUUUGUCAGUGGCGACCGCGCGCAAGUGGGCAAGUCGACCGUGUGUUUAGGGCUACUGGGGACGCUGCUGCGUCGCGGCUAUGGCGCGAGCGAUGUGGCGUACAUCAAACCCGCAACGCAGUGCGAGAAGCCGCAGCUCGUGACGAACUUUUGCCGUCAACAGGGCAUCGCGUGCUGUGAAGUAGGGCCAAUUGUGUUCUACAAGGGCUUUACGAGGAAGUUUGUGGCGGGCGCGACGGACGUGUCGUCGAUGGAGCUGCUGGCGAAGGCAAAGGAGGCGAUUGUCGAGGUGGGGAGAGGCAAGAAGGUCGUGGUCGUGGACGGCGUGGGGUAUCCGGCAGUGGGCUCGAUUUGUGGCGUCUCGAACGCUCACGUGGCGCAGACGCUGGCCUUGCCAGUGGUACUAGUGGGCAAAAAAGGUGUGGGCGACGCGGUGGACUCGUUUAAUCUGAAUGCGGCGUUUUUCGAGCGCCAGGGCGUCAAAGUGCUGGGCAGUAUCUUCAAUCGGUUGCCGGGAGAUGGGUUCUAUGCCUUGACGGACUGCCGGAAGUACGUGACGGCGUACUUUGAGCAGUUUCAGCCGGACAAGCACGUCUAUGGCUUUUUGCCGGAGCUGACUGACGGUGGACAUAGCGCUCUAGUUGCCGAGCAUGCUGACGAGGACGAGGAAGAGGCGGUCGCUGGUGUGUUCCUAUCGGUGGCUGAAAAUGAACUGGCCGAGAGAGUUGUUGAUGCGUUUGCUCGGAGCGUUGACGUGACGAGACUGCUUGCAGACGUGCAGGCACACCAAGCAGCAGAAGGCAAGAAAGAGUCGGCGGACGUACGAGCAGCCACGUCGGAAGCUCUGAAAUAG